AUGAUUGGAUGUAAAAAAUUAUAUUUUAGAAGCGGGAGAAGCUAUUAAAAUAUUGAUUCUUUGGACCAAAAUUGGAUAGAAAUUUGUUUAGAAACCCCUCAGAAAAACUCUUUGCAGGUCCAAUUGCUGGUCCACAAAUCGCCUCAGGUUCCCUAACAACCACCGAACUCUUCUACGAUAUCAUGAAUAAAGCGAUGCCACACAUUGAAAGAUCGCCGCAAAAUGCAUUUCAGCACAGGUUUGUCCGUCAACCACGUGGAUUUUUGGCGCUACAGUAUCCUACAGUAUUCCCUCUUUUUCCAGAUUCCACCAUACAGUUCAAUAUGGCGCCAAAUAUUAUUCGUAUUUGGUGGCACGCGCCUCGGCUUCGCUUAUCUGGCAACAACGAUUUCAGAUGGACCCGUUCAGCAGGAAAUGGGGAGAAUGUUGGGCAGAGGUACGGUAGGAGGAGGCUAAUAUGAGCAAUGUUAGAAGCUAGAGAUGUAGGGGGAAAUGUUAGAGACGCAGAGGAAUAUUGCUCAUAGUAGGCGGCAACAAUGUUAACAUUGCUCAUGUUAUUUUAUUUCGAAAUUGAACAUUUCCCGAUUUUUUUGAACUUUUUUCAAAAAAUUUCAAAUUUUGCAAAUUUUCUAUAAAAAUACAUCAAAAUUUCAAGAUUUGUCGAAAUUUUCAGCUAAAAAUCUCGAAUUUUCCCCCGAUUUUUUACAGGUUCAAUCUCACGGUGGUGGCCAUCCUCCAUCAAUUCUUCUCGAAAAAAUUCUUGGAUUCCGACCCGAUUCCAAAGAUUUGACGUCGGCUUUGGCAAAAGAAUCCAAACAUUUAUCACAACUCGACGCAAUUACUGUGUAG